UUCAUUUAUCUUCUCCCCUUCAACACGUAAUUCAUUCCAAGUCCAUGAACCACCAAUUACGCACAUGUUAUAAAAUCCAAAGCAUACUGAUGAUGCCCAAAGAAAGAAAGGCUAAAAUGUUAACUUCACUUUGUUUCAUCUCUCUUUUCCUCUUGGUCUUGUCUCCUUUUGCAUCUUCUACCUUGUUGUUCCAGGGUUUCAACUGGGAAUCAUGCAACAAGACAGGUGGAUGGUACAACUUUCUCCAGAACUCCGUUUCUGAUAUUGCUAACGCUGGUGUUACUCAUGUUUGGCUCCCACCACCCUCCCAGUCCGCUGCCCGCGAGGGAUACUUGCCAGGAAGGCUAUACGAUCUUGAUGCAUCAAAGUAUGGAUCUCAGGCUGAAUUGAAGUCAUUGGUUGAUGCUUUCCAUCAAAAGGGAAUCAAGUGUGUUGCUGACAUAGUAAUAAACCAUAGAACAGCAGAGAGGCAAGAUGACAGGGGUAUAUAUUGCAUUUUUGAAGGUGGAACUCCGGAUGACCGUCUAGACUGGGGACCAUCCUUCAUUUGCAAAGAUGAUACUGCCUAUUCUGAUGGCACUGGGAAUCCCGACACCGGACUAGGCUACGGCGCUGCCCCUGACAUUGAUCAUCUAAAUCCAAGGGUACAAAAAGAAUUAUCAGAUUGGUUGAAUUGGUUAAAGACUGAAAUUGGAUUUGAUGGAUGGCGUUUUGAUUUUGUAAGAGGCUAUGCCCCAAGCAUUACCAAAAUCUAUAUGGAUCAAACUUCACCAGAUUUUGCAGUUGGGCAGAAAUGGGAAGACUUAAUUCUCGGACAAGAAGAUUCACAUCGUACUGCACUAAAAGAUUGGGUUGAAGCUGCUGGAGGGGUUGUUACAGCAUUUGAUUUCACUACAAAAGGGGUUCUUAAUGCCGCAGUGAAAGGGGAGUUGUGGAGGUUGAAGGACUCCAGUGGGAAACCUCCUGGAAUGAUUGGACUUUUACCUCAAAAUGCUGUUACUUUCAUAGACAGUCACGACACUGGAUCCACCCAAAAUCUUUGGCCAUUCCCAUCUGAUAAAGUAAUGCAGGGAUAUGCUUAUAUUCUCACCCAUCCUGGCAUCCCUACCAUAUUUUAUGAUCACUUCUUUUAUCCUUUCGGUUUGAAGGAUGAGAUUAAUAAACUGGUGGCAAUCAGGAACAGGCAUGGGAUUAAUGCCACAAGCACAGUUAAUAUUCUGGCUUCUGAUUUCAACCUUUAUAUGGCUUCUAUUGAUGAUAAAAUCAUCAUGAAGAUUGGGUCAAAGCUGGAUCUUGGAAACCUUGUUCCUUCCAACUACCGGCUUGCUACCUCAGGGAACAACUAUGCAGUGUGGGAGAAGAGGUGACAACUUGAAAUAAAAAAGACUCAAAUUGGUCGUUUGGAAUUGUCAUUUAAGUGACGUUCUAAAGAGUGUCCAUCGUUGCAUCUUUUAGAACUAAUUUGAUAAGUCCUGUUUGCUUCUUGUUUAAAGGGCUAAGCAAAAUUCUUCUUACUUUUUUGGCAAAAUACUUCAAUUUCUAAAUAAAGAAAAAUCUAUUAAUGCUGGUCUAGUAAUUAUGAAUUAUCACCACUUUUUCUCUAUUCUUUACAAUCUCAACUUCACCGUUACAUGUUUUUUCUUCCUAAACAGCUUGAAAUGAUUGGAUGAAACACUGAAAGCCAAACCUUAUGUAAAGCUGCUCGAUGAUACCAAAGAUGAACAAUGGAGACUAAAGUAUUGGGAUAAGAUGCAAAUUGAAGAGUUUAUUUUUAUUUUUUAAUUUUCCUUGUGCACUUAAACCCUUUCAACCCUCAAGUUCCAGAAAUCUGACCAAUAUCCAUACCAUUUGACAUAAUACUCAAUUGUCAAGAGUUUGUUUUUCUUAGCAAAACGAAUAGUCUUUGGAGGACAUAUAUCAAAAAUGAAAAGUUUGUAUUAUUUUUUUCUCAAGAUUUCUAUUUACUAAAUAUUGCUUUGAAUGCAGCAUGCAUAUAUUUUUUUCUUUUCUCGUGUGGAUGAAGGUUGGCCGCAAUCGCAUCUUAUCUGCUAUGUUAUAUAUUUCUCGGUUGUCAAUAUUAUUAUUGUCUAUUAUCUUUCCAUCAUUCUCAAACUCAGAAACUUUUUGUAGUACCUCUGGAUGUUGUUUCGAUAUUGGCCCAUGAUCUACGAUUUUUGUGAGGUGGAUUUCCUUUGACGUAACAAAAUGUACAGAAUCAUAUUGGCUUUUGUAUAGUUUUAAACUUUAAAGAGUUCUGAGAAUAUUACCCAA